AUGCCGCCAUCAGUAAUAUCACGAGGCUCCGCUUCAGAUUAUAACGUUACAGUCCCCAUCUAUCGCAAGUCUAAAUUAGGAUUUGCUUCAAAUACCCCUGAUCUGGCUUCAGCUGCAGACAACAGAAGCCUAACCAGUGAGUCUACUUCUUUGUACACAGUCCCUUCAAGAACAACCGUUGCAACUGCUCAAAACUCAGAAAAGGAAGAACAUACAUUCAAUUUACCAACUGAUUUGAGCGACAAUUUAGCAUUCAAUUUACAGACAGCUUACCAAUUAGCUCCACAAGAAACAAAUACAUCAAUGGACCAAUACAAUCUAGAAGUACCUGAUCGGUAUCGAUUCAAGCUUCAAUUCACCAAACAUGAGAUUGAGAUGUUAAGAUAUACAUGGAACAAGAUGUUGUUGGAGGAGAAUAAAGCUUCCAGUAAUAUGCCAGGAGGUUUUAACAGUAAUAACGGACCGAAGAGAAAUGUUUCCAAAAGUCUGACUGCUCCACGACAAACAACAACAUCUCUGAUGGCAUCAUCAUUGUUCUGCCGUCAAUUAUACUCCAAUUUGCUAACACUUGCUCCUGAGUUGGAGUUGUUGUGGCCAUCACUUAGACACCAAGCUGUCAGCUUUGCCCAAGUAAUGCAAAUGACAAUAGCGCAUUUGGAAGAUUUAUCAGUUUUGGAUUCAUUUUUUGAAAAAUUGGGUAAAAGCCACGCCAGAAUAUUUGGUAUUGAACCACCAGCUUAUGAAAUUAUGGGCGAAGCUUUGAUACAAACUUUUAAUGAACGUUUUGGGACCAGAUUCACCAUUGAAUUGGAAGUUUUGUGGAUCAAAUUGUUUCUAUAUAUGGCUAAUUCAAUCCUUCAAUUUGGAUUAGACCCGGUACUUCGUUUACAAAGAACUGAAAGUAGACAAUCGUCUGUUUCUAUUGUCAAUCAAUCAAGUGCAUCGGCUAGUGUUUUGGCAGCUGAUGCUGAUAUAAAUUCUGUAUUUGAGAGGAAGUCCAUAUCAACAAAUGCAACUUCAGUAGUGGAAGACUUAGCACAACCUCCCAAAAUUGAUGGUAAACCCAAGUCUCGCUUUUCGAGUCAUCGUGGAAGCGUCAGUUAUAAUGGUGAUUUAGGAUCGGUGUUGGAGAAAAAGAAGCAUGGUGAAGUUCAAGACCCAAAAAAGAAGAGUAAACUAGGUAGGUUGAAGAAAAAGGGAGACUGUGUGAUUAUGUAG